AUGAAGAUCGAGGCGAAGAAAGACAACGAGGCGUCCAGAAGAAAAAUCUCGGACACCCCAAAAGUCGAUUCGUUGUGGGUGUCGAUUCUAGCCGGUUUGGCGACAAUGGCCGUACCGCUCUUCACCCAGUAUUGGCAUUUCAUCGCUUUGAGUUUCCCCGUGUCUGCUUUUUGGCGGUGCUUCGCCGCACUCCGUUCCGUCAUUUGCGUUGAUUUGUGGGGCUUGGAGAAGUUGGCAUCGGCUUUCGGCACAAUUUUGCUAUUUAUGGGAGUCGGCGCACUCGUCGGAUCGCCGAUUGCCGCGUCCAUCAAGGACUGGUCGGGCAAUUUCGACAUAUCGUUCUACGCGAUGGGCGUCUUGAUGACUUUAUCGGGUCUCAACUGCAUCCCAUUGCGAAAGUUGCGAGUGUGGGAACUGCAAAAGUACGGCGAGGGAGUUAAAGAC